AUGCCGAUCGAGAUAACGCCCAUACAGCCUCUCGACAUUGCAUCAGCCGUCGACUGCAUCCAGAAAGCAUUCGAAGAUGAUCCCUAUGCCAAUUGGGCAUUUGAUAAGCGACCCGGCAAGUUCAACAAAGAUCGAAACUUCCACAGUCUGAAGGCCAAAUGUGAAUGGGGAAUGAAGCACGCGCUGUUCUUUGUUGCAAAAGACACAAGUUCAUCGAAACCAGACGAGGUCAUCGGUGUCUCAAUGUGGAUGAAGCCAAGGAAAACGUCUGAACCUGUUACCUGGGAGGAAUGGUUCGACGACUACGUCCUGUGGUUCAAGCAAGGUCUGAACCUCAUCUGGUACCAAGGAAGGGGCGGUCUGAGGACUGAUCGAUACCACGUCUGGAAGCGGGAGCAGGCGAAGGCGCAAGCUGAACUCUGGACAGACCCAGAAGGAUAUUACUUCUGCAAUAUUGUCGUUGUGCGGCCAGGAAUCCAGGGCAAAGGCAUUGGAAAGAUGCUGUUCAAGGUCGUCUCAGAUCAGGCCGACAAGGACGGCAGAAAAUGCUACCUGGAGAGCAGUCGCGAUACACCCAACAUCGCGAUCUACCAAAAGCUCGGUUUCGAUCUGCGGAAGAAGAUGGUCUGUGUGAGCGAGGAAGGAGAUGAGGCGAGAUGUGAUCUCUUCUGCAUGGUACGAGAACCUCAAAAGCCAGUCAGUACUUAG